CUUUGGAUCGGAGAAUCCGGCUAUCAAGAUCGACAAAAGGAUUGUAUUGUGUAACUAACAUUAAAAGUUAACUAGAUUAAUUAUUUUUUUUCUUCGUUAUGACGAAAGCCUACGAGUUUAACUGGCAAGUUUCAAUUCCCGAAGCUCUCUUGAAGGGAUGCGUUUUUGAUAUGUGGGAAGAGGAUAAAGAAGAGAUCAAUUAUGAACCGGAAUCUUUAUUUCGUGUGGAUGAGUUAGGAUUUUUCAUCUAUUGGAAAAGCGUUAGAAAUUAUGGUCGAGUAUUGGAGCUUUCUCACGUAAAUGAUAUCAGAAGAGGAGGCUUGCCGAAGGAUUCUAAAUUUAUGACAGAAUUAAUGUCUCGAAAUAAGUAUAACCUGGAUGAUGUAUCCCUUACCAUUUGUAGUGGUACCGAUAUGGUCAGUAUUAACUACACUCACGUUGUCUGUCCUGAUCCUGAUACAGCUCAGGCAUGGCAAAGUGGGCUAAGAGCUGUGACGAAUAAUAUAAAAGCGAACAAUGUUUGUCCAGCUACGUGUCUUAAAAAACAUUGGAUGAAACUUUGCUUUAUGGUAGAUCCAAACGGAAAAAUACCAGUUCGAAGAAUAGCACAGACAUUUGCAUCAGGCAAAACAGAAAAAUUGGUAUAUCAAUGUCUAGCUGAUGUUGGGUUGCCAAGUGGAAAAAGUGAUGUUAUUGAGCCAGGAGACUUUACAGCAGAGAAAUUUAAUCAGAUCUAUCAUAAAAUUUGCCCAAGAAAUGACAUUGAAGAACUAUUUCAAUCAAUAACGCAGGGAAAAGUUGAAACAAUCAACAUUCAGCAACUAGUCACAUUUUUAAAUGAUCGUCAAAGAGAUCCUCGAUUGAAUGAAAUUUUGUGUCCAAAAUAUAAUGAAAAGCGAGCAGGCGAAAUUCUUGGAGUUUAUGAGCAAGAUGAACUGUUAGUCAAAGAAGGAAAAAUGAGCAAAGAUGGUUUUGUUCGUUAUCUAAUGUCCGAUGAAAACGCCCCAGUAUUUUUAGAUAGAUUAGACAUUUACAUGGAGAUGGAUCAACCUCUUGCCCAUUAUUACAUUAAUUCCUCUCACAAUACUUAUCUCUCAGGACGACAAUUUGGCGGGAAAUCUUCUGUUGAAAUGUAUCGCCAAGUUCUUUUAGCCGGUUGCAGGUGUUUAGAAUUGGAUUGUUGGGAUGGUAAAGGAGAAGACGAAGAACCUAUAAUUACCCAUGGUAAAGCUAUGUGUACAGACAUUCUCUUCAAGGAUGUAAUUUACGCUAUAAGGGACUGUGCUUUUGUUACUUCUGAAUAUCCAAUUAUUUUGUCUUUUGAAAACCAUUGCUGCAAAAAACAACAAUACAAACUUGCUAAGUAUUGCGAUGAUAUAUUUGGGGAUCUACUUCUAAAAGAACCUAUACCUGGUUUUCCGUUAGAACCUGGAAAGCUACUUCCAAGUCCUAAUGAUUUGAAACGAAAAAUUCUCAUUAAAAAUAAGCGACUGAAGCCAGAAGUUGAAAAACAGGAAUUAGAAUUGUUUUUGAGAGGUCAAUUGGGAAAUGAGGAAGAUGAUGACGACACAGACGCUGCAACCAACAACACAGGAACCGCCCAAACUCCCUCUGAAGAAAAGAAAGAAGUUUCGGAGGAACAGAUGGCUAUGGCAAAUUACCAAUACACUGGUGCAACUACGCAUGUCCAUCCUUAUUUGUCAGCGAUGAUCAACUAUGCUCAACCAGUGAAAUUCCAAGGAUUUGACAUAGCUGAAGAUAAAAACAUACAUCAUAAUAUGUCAUCAUUUGCUGAAACAGCUGCUUUGGGAUACCUAAAGUCUCAAGCUAUUGAAUUUGUUAAUUAUAAUAAACGGCAGAUGAGCAGAAUCUAUCCAAAAGGUACAAGAGCUGACUCCAGUAACUACAUGCCUCAAAUUUUUUGGAAUGCUGGAUGUCAAAUGGUUGCUUUGAAUUUUCAAACAUCUGACUUACCCAUGCAAUUAAAUCAAGGGAAAUUUGAAUACAAUGGGGGCUGCGGAUAUCUUCUAAAGCCAGAUUUCAUGAGACGUGUUGAUAAGAUUUUCGAUCCUUUUGCUGAAUCUCCUGUAGAUGGCGUGAUUGCUGCUGAGUGCUCUGUUAGAGUGAUCUCCGGUCAAUUUCUAUCUGAUAAAAAAGUGGGAACAUAUGUGGAAGUUGAUAUGUACGGCCUACCUACAGAUACCAUCAGGAAAGAGUUCAGAACACGAUUGGUACCUGCUAACGGUCUGAAUCCCGUUUACAACGAAGAGCCAUUUGUUUUUAGAAAAGUAGUUCUACCAGAUCUAGCUGUGUUAAGAAUAGCUGUUUUUGAUGAGAAUGGGAAAAUGCUUGGACAGCGGAUUUUACCAUUAGAUGGAUUACAAGCAGGUUAUCGGCACGUCUCUCUGAGGACAGAUGGAAACUUUCCCUUGUCUUUGUCCAUGCUCUUUAUAUGCGUAGAACUGAAAAUAUAUAUACCUGAUGGAUUGGGAGAUUUGAUGGAUGCAUUGUCAGACCCUAGAGCAUUUCUCUCAGCCCAGGAAAAACGAGUAGCGCAAAUGAAAGCUAUGGGCAUAGAAGAAGCCGAUGUUCAAACAAGUGAUUUAAAGUUGGGCAGCGUAAAAGUUGGUGGUAAAAAAGAUGACGAUAAGAAAG